AACAAGAUGGUUCCCUUUCAUUCUUUACAGAGUGGUGCUUGUUGUAUCGAAUUUUCAAAAGUCGUGGAUAUUUUAUGGAAAUAACUUAUUAUCAUUAAUAGGUAUCAAGCAUAAAGCAAAAUAAACGUGAAUAUAUUGAUAAAUUACAAGCAUUAAUUUCGUAAUGCGGCGACGAAGUGAAAGGAAAAAGUCGACUGAUGUCGCGUCGCCAGCUCCGGCGUCUCGUCGAACUAGUCGACGGUCUCGCCAAACAUCUGAAACCGCUAGCGAAAAAAGCGCACAGCCUGAAAUGCCUCCCCAGGAUGAUGUUACAGAGAAGUGCAUCGCUAACGCAGAUUGCCCGGAAGAGAGUACUAACGAGGAACCAGUAGUAGAAACUGCUAAGAGUCGUUCACGUAAUCGGACACCGGUAAAGGAUCGAAGCAGUCCCGCCAAACGGAAAGCUCAAAACAUUACCAAUGAUCCCAAAAUUGAUGUUAUACCUGAAGAAAAUAUCUCCAUAAAAGAAGAUUGUCCGAAUGAUAAUAAACCUGGAAAUAAAGAUAAUCAAAAUAUUGAAGAGGCACAAAAACCUGAUAAAGAUUUAACAGAGACAGCAGUGUCGUCAAGCCCAAAAACGAAUGUUGAUAUGAUGAAACCAUUGGAUGUUUUAGAAAUACAAGCAGAGGAUAAUGAAGAAGAAAAGUUACAAACCCAAGGCAUGUUAAGUAAAAAUGAGAAUAUAGCAGAAAAUGUUGUAGAGCCAGAGAAAAAAGAUGAUGAAAAAGUCAUUAAUGAAGAACAAAAUAAAGUUGAUGAAGAAGAAAUGAAAGACACUACUAAUAAUGCUAUAAAUGAAAAGGCGGAUCCAUCGCCUGCAGACGAAGUAACUGUUACCGAAGAAAAAACGGAUCAAAAUUUGAAUAAACGUAAGUGGAUUACAAAAAGAACUGUUCAAAAUCGUAGCCCAUUGCUGGUAAUAACUACUGAAACAUCGAUCCCUGAAGAUGUGCAUUCCGCACCGAAACAAAAAAUACGGUCUUCACCAGAAGUUCAAGAAAUAAUCUCGGAACGCGAAGAAGGCGAAGAGACACCGUCUCCAGAAAGAGAAGUUCACAGAACAAGUACUAAUAGUGCUGAAAAACCUAUACGUAAUCAAAUAGAAUUAUCUUCUGCCCCAAGAAUUAUUAACAAAGUUAAUAUAAAAGUCGAACAUCGUUCCCCGAGUCCGAGAAAUAAAAAAGCGAGUAAUGUACUUUUCAUAACAAAUCUCGUGAGACCUUUCACGGUAUUACAACUGAAAGGUUUGCUAGCUCGUACUGGAAAACUUGUGGAAGAUGGCUUUUGGAUUGAUCGUAUCAAAUCAAAAUGCUAUGUACAAUAUGAAACAGAAGAUGAAGCUAUUGAAACCCGCCAUGCACUACAUGGAGUACGUUGGCCAGUUUCAAAUCCCAAAUGCUUAAUAGUUGAUUUUGCUAAAAGGGCUGAUAUGGAUAGGGCCAUCCAAUCUACCAAAGAAGAACAAACUAGUUUUGGCCAAGAGAAUCAUAGAGAUAACGUGCUCAUCGGUAUGGGUUGGAAUAGAGACAGGAAUGGUGUUGAUGAGAAACGGACAAAGAAGAAUUUCGGGUUAUUAGCGGCUUGUAAUAUAUUUCAGACAUUGAGACCAGUUCGAGAAUGGGAUGUUGGAAAGAAAGAAAGUUUAGAUCGUGAUAAGGCCAGGGAAAUUCUAAAACGGCGAAGCAGAGAGAGGGAAAUUACUUUUGGAAAUCGGGAACCCGAUCGAAAUGGCAAGGAGAGAAGACCACGGUCGAGAGGAAGAGCUGAGGCAAGAAGUAGUAGCCGGUCACCAGCACGAAAAAUCAAGAAAAAGGAAAAUGAUCCACCUCUAAGACUUCUAGAUGAUCUAUUUCGCAAAACUAAAAGUACACCAUGUAUUUACUGGCUACCUUUAACACCCGAACAAAUUGCUGAAAAAGAGGCAUUCCGACAGAAACGACUUGAAGAACAUAAGCAGCGUAUUAAGCAAAGAGAGUUGGAAAAGGGAAAGGAAAGAGAGAAAGAACGGAAUCGAAUCAACGAACGCAGGGAUCGUGAAAAAGAAAGGGAUCAAAGACGCAAUAGAUCCAGUGAUCGUCGCUCUCGUAGUCGCGAUCGACGCCGUUACUAAAAAAUAUUGGUAUUGUAUAACCAAAUUAUCAUUACGUCGACGUCGUUGCAUUUGAAAUUUAUUACUUUUCAACACAUGCAAAACCGAAUGCAUGGUGAACGAAAACUGAAAAUAAAUUUCAUUUAGCAUCGUUCUUAAAUUAAAAAAUGGCAAGUAUUUCUAGCAAAAAUAAUAGAAAUCGUUUCCGGAUGCCCUUAGCCUUUGGCGAAGAUAUUUAUGAUAUUUCACAUACAAAAUUAAUUCGAAGAAUUUACGAUCACAAAAAAAUCAUCGCCAAAGUAAUUUUCAAAAGCCCAUCAACUUUUUUUUUUAUAUAAAUGGUGACAUUUAAAAUUUUUUUCAAUUAUUUUAUUGAAGCAUUUCGUUAUAUUCAAACGGUUUAACAAAAUUAUUUAUAAUUUAUUUUGUUUUCAUUAUGUCGUGAAAAAUUCAUAUUUCUUAUACCCGUAAAAGUUUAGAUUGGGUAUUCAAUUUUUUUCAAUUGCUGCAAAACAAACUCUAGGAAACGAUCCGAUAAAAAAAAUUAAAACAAUUGAAUAUCCGUUAUAAACCUUUCUGGGAAAGUUCUUUCAAGCGGAGAGGAACAGCAACCCGGUUGAAAUCAACAAGUGUUCUCAGCGCUCGGACUCUAUUUUAACAGUAAAGUGGAGUUAAUCCACGAAUUUUUAACACAAACAAUUCAAUGAUAAUAUUUAAAUAAAAGGCAAUAAGUUCUCUCAAUAA